UCAUUUCAAUGUCGGCAACGCUAGAGUGGAUCAGAUUCUUUUCUUUUGGAUGUUGGGAGGCCGACGGCAGCGAUGAAGAUCUAAAUUGUGGUAUCCAUAGUGGCCAGAAGAUCUUUUGGGGGCCUGUGAGGCGCUGUCGGCUUGGCUCAACGUGGCCUGGCGGCCGUGGUGUGGCGGCGCGGCGCUGCGUAGAGAGGGAGCAGGAGGCCGAGCUAUCCACAUAUUGGACUGCGUAUGUAGAUGUGGGGAAGCACAACGAGAUGGCUAUGGCUGGUAAUGCAAAGUCUAUCACAGUGGUACUGAUGACCUGACCUCCUCCCGAACCACUGUCAUGGGUUGAACGAGGUGCUAGGGUUCGAGAAAUUUAUCCUAUUGAUUAUUGUACUUUGUUGUUUGGUUUCUUAUUAGUCUUUAAUGCUAGGUUAUCGGGAUGAUUGAACAUUUAACUUAUUUUUAUGUCGUUAGAAGUAUACAUAUCUAUAUGACUAGUGAUAGUUAUGUCAGACCCGAUUCGUGUUGCACUUUCUGAGUUGACCGUUUCUAUAUCUAAUCGCAG